AUGGCAAGUCAAGGCGAUGCCGAGCGAGCCGAAGGCCGUCGUGGCUCCCGCAUCUCCAGGGCCUCUUUAAAGGAGGACUAUGCUCAACUGGACGAGUACGGAAAGCUCGUCAAGUAUGUGUCGACCUUCCAGAGCGCCGAUGCCAACCUGGAAUAUCAGGGUGAUUUCAUAGAGAAACGCAUCUGGUAUAUGCCAUGGAAGAAGCGCAAGGUCCGUGUCAAGUCAGUCGAAGAAACGGCUGGCUUAUACCCUGACGACUGGCUCAUUACCGAUAUUCGCGAGGGUCUAUCCACUGAGGAAGCGAACAAUCGCCGUCGCCGCUCAGGCUGGAAUGAAUUGGUCUCGGAGAAAGAGAAUCCCAUUGCUAAGAUUCUGUCCUACUUCCGCGGCCCCAUUCUUUACGUCAUGGAGCUGGCGGUGCUGCUGGCUGCUGGUCUAGAUGACUGGGUUGACUUCGGUGUCAUCAUCGGAAUCCUUGCUCUGAAUGCUACUGUCGGUUGGUACCAAGAGAAGCAAGCCGCUGAUGUGGUUGCCAGUCUGAAAGGUGAUAUUGCCAUGCGAGCAAUCGUGAUACGAGACAACACCCAACAGGAGAUCCUGGCACGUGAACUGGUUCCAGGAGACGUGAUCAUCGUGGGCGAAGGUCAAGUCAUCCCAGCUGAUGCCAAGGUUAUUUGUGACUUCAGUGACCCGCACGGCUGGGAGGAGUUUAACCAAUUGCAAGAGCAAGGCAUGCUUGGUGGUGGGUCUGAGUCGGAUGAUGAUGAACCCAAGGAGGGUGAGGCCGAAGGCAAAGAGGUUACAGGUGGAAACAGUGAGGACACUGCAGCCGAUAACCACAAGCACAAAACUCGUCGUCGCGGCUAUCCCAUUCUUGCCUGUGAUCACUCCGCAAUUACGGGCGAGUCUCUCGCCGUGGACCGUUACAUGGGUGACAUGAUCUUCUAUACAACCGGCUGUAAGCGUGGCAAGGCUUAUGCCGUAGUCCAGACCGGUGCAAAGACUUCCUUUGUCGGCCGUACGGCGACUAUGGUGGCCUCUGCUAAGGGCGCAGGUCACUUUGAACUCGUCAUGGACAAUAUCGGAACAUCUCUGUUAUUUCUCGUAAUGACUUGGAUUCUUGCUGCGUGGAUUGGUGGAUUCUUCCGCCACAUCCCAAUCGCUUCACCCGGACAACAGACACUGCUUCACUACACUCUAUCCUUGCUUAUUAUCGGGGUGCCUGUUGGUCUUCCUGUCGUCACCACCACGACCAUGGCCGUGGGUGCUGCCUACUUGGCAAGGAAGAAAGCAAUUGUGCAGAAGUUGACCGCCAUCGAGUCUUUGGCCGGUGUGGAUAUCCUCUGCUCCGACAAGACAGGAACUCUGACAGCCAAUAAACUCAGUAUCCGUGAUCCCUACGUGGCCGAAGGCGUAGAUGUGGACUGGAUGUUCGCAGUCGCUGUGCUUGCAUCUUCGCAUAACAUUGAGUCGUUGGACCCCAUCGACAAAGUCACCGUUCUGUCACUCCGCCAGUAUCCCAAAGCGCGAGAGAUCUUACGUCGUGGCUGGAAAACCGAAAAGUUUACGCCAUUUGACCCGGUCUCUAAACGCAUUGUGACUGUCGCUACAUGCGAGGGAACUCGAUAUACUUGCACGAAGGGAGCUCCAAAAGCAGUGUUGGCGCUCACGAACUGCUCGCCACAAGUCUCGGAUCACUACAAGGAAAAAGCACAGGAGUUUGCCCAUCGUGGCUUUCGCUCACUCGGCGUGGCUGUUCAAAAAGAAGGCGAAGAAUGGAUGCUUUUAGGAAUGCUGCCUAUGUUCGACCCUCCUCGUGAGGACACAGCUCAGACAAUUAGUGAAGCACAGAACCUAGGUAUCAGUGUCAAGAUGCUCACGGGCGAUGCCAUCGCUAUUGCUAAAGAGACCUGCAAGAUGCUGGCUCUGGGCACCAAGGUGUAUAACUCGGAUAGGCUGAUUCACGGUGGUCUGAGCGGCGCUAUGGCUAGUGAUCUGGUUGAGAAAGCAGAUGGAUUUGCUGAAGUGUUCCCUGAGCACAAGUAUCAAGUGGUGCAAAUGCUCCAGGAACGAGGUCAUCUGACCGCAAUGACUGGCGACGGUGUGAACGAUGCGCCGUCACUCAAGAAAGCGGAUUGUGGAAUCGCUGUUGAAGGUGCAUCGGAAGCAGCACAGUCGGCAUCGGAUAUUGUGUUCCUCGAACCUGGCCUUUCAACGAUCAUCGACUCCAUCAAGGUCGCAAGACAGAUCUUCCACCGCAUGAAAGCGUACAUUCAGUAUCGGAUUGCGCUUUGCUUGCAUUUAGAAAUCUACCUGGUGACCGCGAUGAUCAUCUUGAACGAAAGUAUUCGUGUGGAGCUUAUCGUCUUCCUGGCUUUAUUCGCCGACCUUGCAACCGUCGCAGUGGCAUACGACCAUGCCUCGUUCGAACUACGUCCUGUGGAAUGGCAACUCCCGAAGAUCUGGUUUAUCUCCUCAAUUCUUGGCCUGCUUCUUGCCUUGGGUACCUGGGUUGUUCGUGGCAGUAUGUUCCUCAAGUCGGGGGGCAUCAUCCAGAAUUGGGGUUCUAUUCAAGAAGUCCUAUUCCUGGAGGUCGCACUUACAGAGAACUGGCUUAUCUUUGUGACUCGUGGUAUUGACACCUGGCCAUCUCUACAAUUAGUCUCCGCUAUCCUAGGUGUGGACAUUCUCGCAACAAUCUUCUGUCUGUUCGGAUGGUUCACAAAUCAGGAUAUGAAGACGGACCCUCCCGAUUCCUUUGUCGAAACCAGGAAUGGAUGGACUGAUAUUGUGACGGUCGUCCGUAUCUGGGGCUACUCGCUCGGCGUAGAGAUUGUAAUUGCCCUUGUCUACUUCAUCCUCAACAGAAUUAAAUGGCUCGACGAGCUCGGUCGCCAGAAGCGCAGCAAGGGUGAAAUCAAGAUCGAGAGCUUGCUCGGUCAUCUAUCCCGCUUGAAUGUUGAGUACGAAGAACCUGGUAGGCCCCCAGGCCGAUACCAUUUGGCUACAAGCAAGGAGGAGGAGGAAAUGGAGUGA